AUGCCCCCGGAUGCCGUUCAUGAGGAACGAGCUGCCAUGGAUGCCAGUUUGAAGCGAACACCAUCCUAUUCUUGCCUUGCACAGAAAUGGGGCACUUGCCAAGAAGUGAUUGGAAAAGGGGCCUUUGGGGUGGUCCGUGUGGCUCAUAAGACAGAAGGUUCGACCGAACGUCUUUAUGCUGUCAAAGAAUUUCGUAAACGAAACUCAGAAUCAGCUAAAGAUUAUGUCAAGCGUUUGACAUCUGAAUUCUGCAUCGCUUCCACUUUACGCCAGCGCAAUGUCAUUCAAACCCUCGACUUGUUACCACAAAGCGAAAAUUCCCCCGUUUACUGCCAAGUCAUGGAAUUCUGCAACGGCGGAGAUCUAUUCAACCUGAUUUAUGAUUCUUCCGAAGGUUUAGCGGUACCAGAAGCCAAUUGUUUCUUCAAACAGUUGCUGCGUGGCGUCGCUUACCUUCACAAAAUGGGCGUCGCUCAUCGUGACUUGAAACCAGAGAACCUGAUCCUCACUGCCGAUGGAUGUGUCAAGAUUUCCGAUUUCGGAUCGGCCGAUUGUUUCCGGGUUGCUUGGGAAGCAGAUGAAGAAGGACGCGAAGUAAUUCACUACAGCAAAGGAUUGGUGGGGUCCGAACCGUAUAUGGCACCUGAGGAAUUUGUGGAACCGGAAUAUGAUCCGCGAAAGGUCGAUAUAUGGAGUUGUGCCAUCAUCUAUAUGGCGAUGCGCACAGGAAGUCAUUUAUGGCACUAUGCUAAAAAGGGCGAAGACGAAGCUUUCGAUCGAUACCUGAAAUUCCGUCAGCUGGUAGAAGAAGAACGUAAAAAUGCUCGUCGACAACGGUCUCAAAGAAUGGGCACAUCUACCAUCUCGUGUCUCUCAGAACAGGAUAAAGAGCAAUUUGAAAAAGAGCGCGAACAGGGCGUUCUUAAAGCAAGAGAAACGAUCCGAAAGCGCGCCAAAGAAGGAGGCUUUGAUGUACUGGAGGGUAUCGAGUUUGGCGCCAAAAAGCUUAUCUAUCGCAUGCUCGAUCCCAACCCGACCAAACGGAUAACAUCAGAAGAAGCGCUGAAAAAUGAUUGGCUCUCUCGCAUAUACACCUGUCAGUCAGAAUAA